AUGACGCAGGGCGCGUCGGGCCGCUACAAGAACCUGGUCGACGCGACGCUCACCAUCGCGCGCACAGAGGGCUGGGCGGCCUUCAUGUCGGGCUGGCAGCCGCGCCUGAUCUGGAUCUCCCUCGGCGGGUUUGUGUUCUUCCCCGCGCUCGAGGCGGCGAAGAAGGCGUUCGGCCCGGCCGGCGGCCUGCUGACGCCGCCAGACACCCAGUUUGUGAUCGAGGAGCUCGAGGUCAAGGAUAUCAAGAAGUCCAAGGACGCCAAGAAGAAGUGA